ACCAACAGCUAGACGAGCCCAUGGCGUCUGGCUUGUUGAAAUUCUCUGUGUUGGUGCUGAAGUAUCGGACCCCUCUUCUGCUGACUGGAUGUUGCGGCGUCUUUGCAGCAAACGUUUUCUACCACGUGUUUCCAGAUUACACUUACAGAAAACUGUAUCAGGCCUGGAGCAAAGGAGAACCAGCCGUCCUUUCUGAGAAACUAGAGAACGUAUUUCAGACGGUAUUGAAUGAUUCAGCUGUUGGAUCUCCUGAUAACUACAGUGCUUUUGCUGCAUAUGGCUUUCACCCUGUCGGGGCAGGAAUUCCAUGGCUUCCCAGUGGUGCCCAGAUUGGCAUCCCAGCCAACUUUAACAGCACCCCAGAUGACUCAGCUGGAAUCACUGACCGAACUGUUCUCAUCAAUGGCCGAGAAGUGGAAUGGGGCAGUGAGGCAGGUGCUACUCUGAAAGACGCCCUAGUGUUGUCCUUGGAUGCUCAGAGGUUCUCUGUGGCACGAGAGGUAGCUCGGCUGGAGUGUGGCGGGCCCGUGUUGCAUGCUGCCGUAGCGCCGGCGUGCCUGAGUGGGGCUUGGAUCUACAGCAUCGCUCUCAAACAGAUCUUUGGGCUCCAUGCUGGAUCUGUGGUCUUCAGAGCAGGGGCUAAUGCACUUGCAUUAGGCCUGGGAGCUGUGUCGUAUUUUUUAGCCACUGACGCAGUAAGCCAAUGGCUGGAGUACCGCUCAGACAAGCGGGCUGCCGGCCUGUCCCGUGACUAUGCAAAAGGCGGUGUUGAGUUUUAUGAGAAGAUCUUGUCUCGGAAUAAGACCCUGCGUGUACUGAUGGGGCCAAAGGGAGAAGAAAUGUACGCGCCAAGUGGAAAUCUGUUUCCUUCUAGUCUGCUGAGUCUGAAACAUGCACCAUAUACUUCAAGGCGAGAUGGUAUUCUGAGUCUUCUGAAAGAAGAGAACAUAAAGGAUGCUGUGGGGACUUGAAAUAAAUCAACUAAACCAAAUUACUGCUUCAGAUUAUUAGGGGGGGGAAAUUAUUUUUUGUGUAUUAUUUGCUCAAUAUUUUUGCUGUGGUAUAUAAAAGACAGCAGUUCUUAACAUCUGGUACAGUACAUGUGUGUAAUAUACUGUACAUGUAAGAACCUGUGUCCAAGCUCAUAUGAAUCUCACUGUCUUGUCCGUGACAUUAGAGUCCUAAAGACGGACCAAAAUUACUUUAAAAAUGUUGAAAAUUGAGUUAAAGAAUCCUAAAGAUACAAAGACCAUAAUCUAAUGCUGGGAGAAGUCUCUUCCGUCCUAAAUAUGUUGUCUUAGUCUGGUUAUAAUGAAAGUUUAGUUGAGGUGUGCAUACUAAAAAAAAAUAUAUUUGAAAUGCAUAUUCAUGUUGGUCAAGUAAUGUUUGAUAACCACACAGUGCUACAUUGAUGUCUAAGUGAUGGAAGCAAUGACAAGCAAAUACUCACUUUGUAUAAGACAUUAGAAACAUCUUAUUUAAUUGCUGACACUUUACAUUUUGUUUUGAUUCACAUUAUUUGGGGUAAUUUUAAUGUAUUCUCUAUCUUGAAAUGGACCAAAAAUGUUGACUGUGUUGGUGCCUAGCGUCGAACUCAAUUAAAAAAAAAAAGUCAUUGUUUAAAUAUUUCCAUACCAAGGUACACUAGUGAACACUUUACAGUAAAGCUUUUACAAUGUCUGUAUUUCUGUCUGAAAUGUAGACAGUGUAUUUUUUUUUUGUCUUUCGGUUUUGUCGAAUAAAUUCAAUUCCUACAUUUUCCAACAAGAA